GUAGUAGUGUGUAUUAUCCUUGGUGGCGUGGUUCUGCUCCCCGAGGAGGACAAUUUGCAGACGCAUUCGUAGUGGUUACGUUACGUUCGAUGAAUUCAAUCAAUUGACGGUGGCUGAAUGCACCUUUUUAAACACGUUGUUGGUUAUCAAAAUAAACAAACAUAACCCAACUUUUUUGUAUUUCCGAAAAAUUUUGCCUCGCAGAAAGUUUUUUGAUUUUAUUCUGCUUGAAUACAGAAAUAAAUUGUGUUUCUGUUAAUUAAUUUUCAAUUAGUCUUUGUUAGGUGAACAUUAAAAAUUAGUUGAAAUGGAUUCUUCGGACGAGGACAUCACCGAUCAUGAUGAAAACGAGUCAGAAAAUGAAGCAUCAGACAUAUCCAAAACACCGGUUGAAAAUCCUAACAAACGGAAACACAAAGAAAUAUCACAGAAAUCCAAAAAAGUCAAACUUGAACCAAUAUCCACUGAAGACCCUAAAAAAAGCAAAAAGAAAAAUGAACUUUACAAACCUCCUACCAUCGAGGAGUUGAAUAAUUUAAAAAUGACCGAAAACCUUUAUAACAAUAAUUUAUUUAGGCUACAAAUUGAAGAAUUAGUUAAAGAAGUGGCCAUUAAAACCAAGAGGAAAAAAGCUCUAAGUUCCUGGCUGGAAAAUUUUAAAACCAAUAUUGAAAACUUGCCUGAAUUUGAUGAUAUUUCUUUGUCUGAUAUAAAAAUUGUAUCAAAGACGAAAAAAUCUACCAAAAAGGACAAAUUCAUAAACAAUUUAGUCACUAAUUAUCAGUGCCACUUUAAAAGUGACCAGGAUUUGAAAUUGAAUUUUCUAAAGCCUGAAAAUAUCGAAGUUUUUGGUUUGUAUGAAAACAAUGCUUUGGCAGGACCAAAUUUAGAAACUUCAAUAAACAUAACAAUGCCUAAAUCAUGUUUUCAUGUAAAAGACUUUUUAAAUAACCGAUACAUAGUUAAGAGAUUCUAUUAUUUAGCAUAUAUUGCUGAAAAUUUAACUGAUGUUCACAAAAAAACUAUUAUUUAUCAUGAGAACAACAUCCUUUUGCCAAUAUUGCUCAUACAACCGACUAAAGAUGAAAAAUUAAUUAUAAAAAUCCAUGCCACGCCUGUUGAGGAUUAUUUCAAACCUUCCAGAUUCUUACCUAGUCAAAACAAUAUCAAACAAGAUCUUUUUGAAGCAAACAUUAAUGAUAUAGAAAUCCUCAGAGCCACUCCAACAAUAUUAUACAAUGCCACUUUAGCACAUGAUGUAACGCUUAGAGAAAAUUCAGCUUUUGUAGCCACUACUUUACACGAACAUGAGAAUGUACAAGAAGGCAUUAAACUUUUAUGUAUUUGGCUGAAGCAGCGAAAUUUAGAUGUUGGUUAUGGAGCUUUUACUAGUAACUUAAUUAUGUAUUUUGUUACAUAUUUAUUAGCCAAAAAGAAAUUGAAUAAAUUAAUGAGCUCCUAUCAAAUUGUUAGGAAUUUUUGGAGCUUUUUGGCUACAACAGAUCUGGAAAAAUGUCCUAUAAGCUUAGGAGACAGUUCUGAGAAUAAUUUGGCAAUGUUUAAGCAACAUUUUGACAUAGUGUUUUUGGAUAGGACUGGGUGUUACAACUUGGCAACUUUUUUGGAUAAAAACGUGUUUAGGAGAGUGAAGCAAGAGUGUGAGAUGGCUAUGAGACAUUUGGACGAUAGUAGGAUGGAAUCUUUUCAUUCAUUGUUUCUGACCAAGGUGCCUUUUGGAUUGCAAUAUGAUUUAUUAAUCGAUCUUACAGAUGCUUUGCCAUUGAAAGACCAAUUUAUAUCAACCGAUGUGGAAAAAUCCAAAAACAUUGGAUAUGGACAAUUUUUAACCAUCACUCAAAUUUCUGACCUGUUACAUAAAGGCCUUGGCAAAAGGGCUUUGAAUAUUGUACCUCAUAUUGAAGUGAAAUAUAAAGAAUCACCUUUAACCAAAGUCAUAUUUGGUAUUAAUCUGAAUCCUGAAACUGCUUUCAAUUUUAUUGAAAUGGGGCCCGUUCUAAAUGAUUACACCAAAGCUGACGAGUUCAGGAAGUUUUGGGGAUAUUUGGCUAGUGACAGAAGGUUCCGAGAUGGUAGUACACAUGUAGCAGUUUAUUUCAAAACAAGUACAAUUAGAGGCAAACGUGGCAUUAUAAAGCGAAUAAUAAAAUAUUUGCUUAUCGAAAAACUUGACAUCAAGUUUAAACUUUACUAUGAUGAGUUCGAGGAGUUCUUACUUAACAAAAAAGUGACUAGUCCCUAUCCAGUUGGUACCAACGAGGAGAGCUGUUUGAAAAUCAUUAAGUUUGCUGACGAACUGGGUCAGAAAUUGAGAAGCGUGCAAAUGAGUUUGAGUAUAACCGGAAUACAAGGACUAUCAGAUGCUUUCAGUUACAGUGAAGUAUUUCCUCCGAUAGCUGCUAAAUUCAGACAGGCAGACAAUGCAGAAAUAAAAGGGAAAAAUGUGAUUUUUCCCAAUAAAAAAAUUGGUAUGAUUCCGAGAUUGAUUGAGCCAUUGGAAUUAGUAUUGCAAUUAGAACACAGUUCAAAAUGGCCAAAUAAUCUAGAAGCUAUCCAGCACGUAAAAACAUCAUUUUACUUAGAAAUUUCCAAAAUGCUUCAGGAUAAUCAUAAUAUUAUCAGUCAUGUCACAAGAGAGUACUUGGAAGUAUUCUACGAGGGACUAGUUUUUAGGUAUCGACUCUUUGUUCCCAAAGAAAUAGGCCUACUGAAAAAGGCCAUAACAGAGACAGGGGAAUUGAAAUAUACUGAAAAUGCCAAAAGUGAACAAUUGGAGAAAUCGUUAGGUAUUUUACCUAAAGUUAAUGCCACUCUGAAAGGAAUCCAGCUACAAUUUCCAAGCUUCGGUCCUGGCACAGCCCUAAUCAAACGCUGGUUACGUAGUCACUUAAUUGACGACUUCCAUAUGCCAGAUAUCGUGAUAAAUUUACUCAAUGCUGCCCUUUACGUAAAUUUAACUAGUUUCCAAGAGUCUUGUACUCCACAAAUUGCAUUUUUGAGAUUUUUGAAAUUUAUUGCCGAGUUUCAAUGGGAAUUGCAACCAGUGUUGGUGAAUUUUAAUGAAGAAAUAACUAAGGAAGAUAUUGCGGAUUUGGAAUCAAAAUUUCAGCAAAAUCGUGCUGCCGUUCAGCCAUUAUACAUUAUUAUGCCUUACGAUCAAGGGCAAUCGAUUUUUACCAAACAUAGCCCUUCGAAAGAAACUUUACAUAGGGUGCAAGGUCUUGCACAUGCCACUUUGAAACUAGUGCUUGGUAGAAUUGAGGAGCAACUUGUGUUUGACUUGAAGGAACUUUUCAAACCCAACAUGGAAGGUUACAAUCUCCUAAUCCAUUUGAGGCCAUUAUUAAAUCCCAGACGACAUGAGCAAAUUGAUAAUCCUGCAGAUAGUAAAAUUGUCCUGGAAAAAUACGAGCAGCAUAAAAACGAGAAAAUCCCCAUUGCUGGAUUCAACCCUGUACAUUCAUAUUUGAAGGCUUUGAGAGAAAGUUACGGGGAAUUUGCCAUGUUUUUCCAUGACACUUAUGGCGGUAGUACUGUGGGAGUAUUGUGGAAUCCUAAAGCUAAAGAAGUGAAAGAAUUUAAAGUUGCUCACAUAAAUGGCAAAAAACUGGUGAACAGUAAAUUGGAAUUGAACGAAGAUGCAAUUAUAGAGGACUUUUAUAUUUUAGGGAAAGGCAUUGUCAAGUGGAUAGAAAAGAAAUGAAAAGUUUUGUAAAUAAAUUUUGAGAAUAAAUACACUUUCCUUUCUAAACAAUCAAACAUUUAUUUGAAAGAAAUAAUCAAAUUUUUAUACCUAAAUAAUAAUGCAGCAUAAAGGCAAUGUAUCUGAGAGUAUUCUUUUAUAUUUAUAACUACAUAAGGGUACCUAAAUUUACUUCUACCUAGGUUCUAGGAAUUCUUUCUAUGACUAGCUUAUCGGUUUGGUACAUUUGGCUAACCAGGGCCUGUCUUUUAAUUAAAUCUAAAUUCUUGCGUGCUUCCGAUAUUCUAUUAUUUAUUAAUUCCGAGUCGGUUAUGUUUCUAUUAUCCCUAAAUGCAUCCCGUAUUCUACGCACAGCAUAUGAACGAAAAUUAUAAGUGCUGAACUUUUGUGAUUCUCUUAAAAGGGCUUUGUAAAGGUUUAGUAUUUUGGUUUUCGAGGCCAUGGUUUAUUCAGAAACUUUAAAAAUUUAUUAGUUUAAAAUUUAAAAAUUAAAAUAAAAAUACGAGUUUUUUUUAGGUUAGGUGAUUUGCCUUUUAUGACGUGAUA